GGAAACAAAUCGAAACGUGCUCGAACAUUCCUUUUUCUUCCCUCCUCCUCCUCUCGCUGUCUCUCUUUGAAACCCUUCCGCGUUGAUCCCCCCGAGUUCCUCCGGUCUCUGUCGCUCCGAAGCUGAGAAAAUGAUUUUUGGGGUCGUGAGGCGACGAGUUGCGUCUGGAGGCUCUAAUCUUUUUUCUGCGCAUUUGCGGGAUGUCAGACCUUCCGUUUCUGCAGGAAGAGUUCGUUCCAUUGCUGUGAAAGAGAUUUUGCACCAGUGUAGAAGCUUUGGGCAUGUAAGAAAUUUCUCUCACCUACUUUCACCUGGUGGCUUUGCUAGUCCGCAAUCUCUAAGGCUAGCUUUUGCAAGUAUGCAGCAAAGACCUAUGAUGGAAAUGAAUGGCCGGAACUUCUCUUCAGAUAAUGGGGAUCUGCUUGAUGUUGUCGUACCUCCAUUGGCUGAAUCUAUCACUGAUGGAACUCUGGCAAAAUUCCUGAAGAAUCCCGGUGAUAGAGUAGAACUGGAUGAAGCAAUUGCUCAGAUUGAAACAGAUAAGGUUACAAUUGAUGUCACUAGUCCUGGAGCUGGUGUCAUCCAGAAGUUUGUUGCCAAGGAAGGAGAUACAGUUGAACCAGGUACCAAGGUUGCUGUUAUUUCAAAAUCUGCUGAAGGUGUAACUCAUGUUGCUCCUUCUGAGAAGACAUCAGAGCAAGCUGCUUCUCAGACAGCUCCAGCUGAAAAAAUAGAAAAGGAGAAAGAAAAGCCUAAAGUUGAAACUCCUGUUAGUGAGAAGCCUAAAGCACCAUCUCCACCACCUCCUAAACGCUCAGCUACAGAACCCCAACUUCCUCCCAAGGAUAGGGAAAGACGAGUUCCAAUGACAAGGCUUCGGAAGCGAGUUGCUACACGUUUGAAAGAUUCUCAGAACACAUUUGCCAUGUUGACGACCUUCAAUGAAGUUGACAUGACAAAUUUGAUGAAGCUUCGUUCUGAAUACAAGGAUGCUUUUGUGGAAAAGCAUGGAGUCAAGUUGGGUCUUAUGUCUGGAUUUAUUAAAGCUGCUGUCAGUGGGCUUCAGAAUCAACCUAUUAUUAAUGCUGUGAUUGAUGGGGAUGAUAUCAUCUACCGAGAUUAUAUAGACAUCAGUAUAGCUGUCGGCACUCCUAAGGGUCUUGUUGUGCCAGUUAUUAGAAAUGCCGAUAAGAUGAAUUUUGCUGAGAUAGAGAAGGAGAUUAACACCCUUGCAAAGAAGGCAAAUGAUGGCACUAUAUCAAUUGACGAGAUGGCUGGAGGUUCAUUUACAGUAUCCAACGGUGGUGUUUAUGGAAGCCUUUUGAGUACCCCCAUUAUUAAUCCCCCACAGUCGGCAAUCUUGGGAAUGCAUUCUAUAGUCUCCCGUCCCAUGGUGGUUGGAGGCAAUGUCGUCCCAAGGCCAAUGAUGUACAUCGCUUUAACGUACGACCACAGACUCAUUGAUGGGAGAGAGGCAGUCUUCUUUUUGCGCCGCAUCAAGGACAUUGUCGAAGACCCACGGAGACUUCUCCUUGACAUAUAAAGUCUCCGAAACCAUAGCUGUCACGAAGAAGUCUUCAGCAUGUGGUGUUUCCAAAGGGUAAAACUCCAAAACCUUUAAACCAUUUGAGAAAUAAAUACGUUUUCCUCAGAUUUCAAGUUUUGUAGCAUUUUCCAUGCUUGUGCUCCCAUAAGUUGUUAUUGCGGCCUGUCAUAAUUGAUACUGAUAUGAGAGAUUUCGUUGGAAAGCAUGUUUUUAAAAGCGAUUUUCCAUGAAUUGUGCUGUGGGAACUUCCACGUCAAUAUUGUCGAAUUGUUUUGAUAAUGGAGUUAUUUAUGGGAUUUACUACCCAAUAUGGCAAUAGUUUCAAGUUACAAGUC